AUGGCGCUGUUACGGAAAUUGCUACAUAAGAAGCCGCCUGAUGGACUUCUCGAUGUCUUUGAAAGAAUAUACGUCUUUGACUCCUGCUUCAGAAUGGAAACCUGGGAACAAGAAGAAUACAAAGGCUACGUAGGCAGAAUCAUAACUCAAUUUAAAGAAACAAACCCUGAAUUUUCACCCAUGAUUGUGAAUUUCCGAGAAGGAGAUACAACAAACAAACUCCACCAACUUUUAUCAGAACACUAUCUUACUAUAAUGGACUACCCUCGGGACUAUGAAGGUUGCCCUGUGUUGACAAUAGAGGUGAUCCACCAUUUUCUUAAAUCAAGUGAAAGCUGGCUCUCACUUGGACAACAAAACGUUCUUCUAAUGCACAGUGAACUUGGUGGUUGGCCUGUGUUGGCUUUCAUGUUGGCUGCUCUUUUACUUGACAGAAACCAUUUCACUUCUGAAAGUAGGGCCCUUGAGAUAGUUCAGAAACAUAACCCAUCUGAGAAGUUACCCCUGAUGACAGCAUAUGAUCCUACAGCCUCUCAGUUGAGGUACUUACAGUAUGUAUUAAAGAGGAAUGCCGAUGAACAACAUUGGCCUCCACCAGACAAAGCACUUAAAAUAGAUUGUGUGAUAAUCAGAAUGAUUCCUGAUUUUGAUGGAAACGGAGGUUGUUGUCCUGUAUUUAGAAUUUAUGGACGCGAUCCGUUGUUACAACUUGAUAAAACCCCUAAGCUUUUAUUCUCAACCCCAAGGAGGAGUAAGAAUGUUCGGUCUUACAAUCAGGCAGAAAAUGAGCUCGUUAAAAUUGAUAUUAAUUGCAAUAUUCAAGGUGACAUUGUUUUGGAGUGUAUUAACUUAACUGAUGAUCUGGUCAACGAGACGAUUAUGUAUCGUACCAUGUUCAACACAGCAUUCCUCAAAUCGAAUACUUUGAUGCUGAAUCGUGAGGAAGUCGAUAUCUCUUGGGAUAAAAAGGAUCAAUUUCCUAAGGACUUUAAAGCUGAGCUUCUUUUCUCCGAAAUGGAUCCAGAAGCUUCUAAGGUCCCAGUAGAUUUGUCUAGUUUUGAAGAAGCAGGGCUCCCAAUAGAAGCAUUUGGUAAAGUUCAAGAAAUGUUUAGUAGUGUGGAUUGGCUUGUACCUAAAAGUGAUGCAGCAUUGAAUAGGCUACACCAGAUGGCUUUAUCUGAUAUUGUUAAUGAAAUGUUGGGUACUAAUUUUCAAAGGACUGAAUCUAGCGAUUUACUUCAAACACUUCCUUUAAAGAAUCAAGGUAAAGGAGCUACAAUAUCUCAUACAAAGUCAAAGAGUUCAUUUCUUGGUGAUGAGAAGUCUUCCUCUGGUAUUGUGGGGCCCAGAAGUGUUUCACUUCCCAGACAGUUACCAUCAUCAAAACAGUUGCAAGCAUCAUUGGAUGGUGAUUCAAAAUCUUUUUCAUCUUUGCCACCUCAUAUAAUCUUGACAUGUACGCAUCCUUCUGUUUCUGAAAAACGUUUGCUUGAAGGUGAGACCUCUUCUUUGCCUCAACCAUCUUCUGACCAAGCGGCUGGGCCAUCUCAACCACCCCCACCUGCUCCUCCAAAGAUAGAUGGAGUUGGUGGACCUCCUCCUCCACCACCUCCUCCCGGUGGUGGUGGUGGUGGAGGACCUCCUCCACCACCACCACCAGCACCUAAACCACCAGAACCACCAGUACCACCCCCACCAAAAGAUAAACUGCCGCCACCAGGCCCACCACCACCACCACCACGUAAAUCGGGUCCACCACCACCGCCUCCUCCAGUUAACGGAAACAAAGAAGGCGGUGCAGCUCCACCGCCUCCACCACCAGGUUCAAAAGGAGGCGGUGUAGCUGCUCCAUCUCCACCACCUCCUAUAAAUAAACCACGUGCUCUAUCAAGGACAACUGCUGUGAAAACUCAACCUGCAAAAAAGCUGAAGCCUUUACAUUGGUCAAAAAUAAAUAGAGUAGGACAAGGAAGCUUGUGGGCUGAAGCAGAGAAAUCUGGUGAAGCUGCAAGGGCACCAGAGAUUGAUAUGUCAGAACUUGAAACUCUCUUUUCAGCAUCAAAUCCAAAUUCUGAUAAGGCUCCAAAAGCAAAAUCCAAAGCAGCUAAUAAACCGGAAAAAGUACAACUGAUUGAUCAUAGGCGGGCAUAUAAUUGUGAAAUCAUGCUUUCAAAGGUGAAGGCACCAUUGCCUGAAUUGAUGGAACAUGUCCUUAAUUUGGAUGAAUUAGCAAUGGAUGUUGAUCAGGUGGAUAAGCUUAUAAAAUUCUGUCCUACAAAGGAGGAGAUGGAACUACUUAAGGGCUAUAAAGGAGAACAUGAAAUGUUGGGCAAAUGUGAACAGUUCUUCUUAGAGCUAAUGAAAGUUCCACGUUCAGAAGCGAAGCUUGUAGUUUUUUCAUAUAAGAUACAGUUUAGUACACAGCUUUCAGAACUUGACGAUAACCUAAAGGUUGUAUAUUUAUCAGUAGAACAGAUUAGGAGUUCUGUAAAGUUGAGAAGAGUCAUGCAGACAAUUCUUUCUCUGGGAAAUGCUUUGAACCAGGGAACUACAAGAGGUGCUGCUGUUGGGUUCAGAUUGGACAGCCUCUUAAAACUUAAUGAAACGCGUGCUAGGAACAAUAAAAUGACUCUCAUGCAUUAUCUUUGUAAGGUCCUUGCAGACAAACUGCCUGAACUUUUAGAUUUUUCCAAGGAACUUGGCAGCUUGGAACCUGCAUCAAAGAUACAACUAAGAAUCUUGGCAGAAGAAAUGCAAUCAAUUACAAAAGGACUAGAGAAAGUAGUCCAAGAAAAGAAAUUAUGUAAAAAAGAUGGACAUGUGUCUAAAAAAUUUCGGAAGUCUCUGAAAAAGUUUCUUGCUUCUGCGGAACCUGAAGUGAAGAAUCUGGCUUCACUUUUCUCAAAGUUGAGUAAAAGUGUGGAUGCUUUAAUUAUUUACUUCGGAGAAGACCCUAAAAAAUGCCUGUAUGAAACAGUUGUUGAAACUUUGCUUAAGUUUGUGAAAAUGUUUAAUCAAGCCCAUGUUGAAAACUGCAAGCAAAUAGAGGCCGAGAAGAUUGCAGAAAAGAAGGCUGCACAGAAAGCAGCUGAACUAGAAAAGUCAAAACUACAAAAUCAUGCCAAAACGGAAUGGAAAAAUAGAAGCGGGUUCUGGUUGCAGCAGCCAGUGCAUGUGUUCCAAGCCUUCUUUGCUGAAACAAUUGUUCUUGCUGCAAUUAUAAUAGUGUUGGAGCAUCACCAGACUGAAGCAAAGAGAAUUGGGUGUGAGUAA